UGGCGACUCGUAUCAAGUGUUUUUCUACCUGCUGACUGGAAAAAUUUAUUUUUGUUAAACAAAAUUUGCAAAAAUUGAACUGAUAAUUGAACAAAUACAAACAUUAGAAAUUGCUUAAUAAAUUCUUCAUAUUUUAAUUAAAAAUAUAUGAAAAGUCUUAUAGAUCAACUAAUACGUGCGAAAACAAAAAUCAGUGGAGAAAAAAUUUUGCGAUAAAAAUCGAUUGUUCAAAGAAAUCUUCAAAUACGUCUCAAAUCUCUACUAAUGAAAAUACAAAGUCAAACACUCCAGUCAGUCGUUUAUUAUAUGUGCGCGAAAGUAGAUGGAGAAAUAAAAUAAAAAGAAGUGGGUGAUAAAGUGACCGCAAGUGGUAACUAAACGCACACAGUCAUUUCCUUUUUAAAUGGUCUAUACCAGGUGCGUGUAAAAAAAGCAUUCCUUGCUAAACUUUAAAUACAUACUGAGAACAGAAAGUCCAACUUCAUACUGCCUCCUACCCUUUAUCAACUCUUGUGUAUUGCUGUAAAUGUCUGGUGUUUUGCUGGUGUUUUUGCUAAAACAACUUCCUGUAAAAUAAUACACUAACAAUACUAAAAAUAACAAAACAACAAAAACAACGCAAACAAAUUGAAAAUCCUCUUGAAAAUAUUACAAAAAACAAAAGCCACACGAAGCCAAAAAUAUCCACAAUAUUGGAAAACUUAAGAACUGGGUGUUUCUACGUACGAACGAGCAACACUUUAAAUGUUGGAAACUUAAAAUCAACAUCAACAACAACACUAAAGAAUAUUACAAAAAUAAAAGAAAAUACUCCAUCCAUAAUCAGGCAAACUAAGCCAACUAAGUAAAGAACUAACUAACGAAAUAUUGAGUCAGUCAGGCACUCAUUCAGUUUUUAACACAAACAAAUAAAUAAGUAAAAAAAAUAAGUCGUACUACAACAAGUCAAGUAAACCCAACUUACUAAAUAAAAAAAAAAUAAUAAAGAGAAAAACUAUCAAAAUCUAUCGUCCUACUUAUUGUCAUAAUAAUAAAAUAGAAAGAAAAAAGCAAAAUAAAGGAAAAUACUGAAAUUAAAUACAUAGUAUACAAUUUUAUUUAAUAUUGUUUGUGUAUAUUUGUGGUAGUCUCGUCUUUGUCGCGUUUACAUGUACAUACUACCAAAAAGUUGCUCCUAAGUGAGUGAGUGCUUGUGUGUGAUUUUAUUACGAGUUCGUGUCUACUUGUUUUUCAACUGUUCGAUUGUGGCUUCUUUGCUUAUCAAACCACCUAGCAGCCAAACAGCCAGCCAGCCUGCCAUCGAAACUACUAUAAACCACCCACUCAGUGGGGCAGCCUGUUUCCUUUCUUAUCAUCAUUUAUGCCUGCAAAUCUAAUACUUCUGGUUCACACAAAUAAUUUCCACUUUUAAUAACUGCACACUUGUAUUAGUUGUAGCCGUAGCUGUAAGUGUGGUAGUAGUUGUGGUAAUUCUUUAACAACUACUUUACCACCCACCACCUCAUCCUAAACUCUCUCUAUCGCCCUCUCUAUUUCCUGUCUGCCGUCAGUCUUCGUCAUCAUCAAACUGUAUUUGUUUAAUACUCAAAAUGUCAACGGAUAAGAUCAAAGUUGCUGUCAGGGUGCGACCCUUCAAUCGUCGUGAAAUCGAAUUAGGCACAAAAUGUAUUGUCGAAAUGGAAAAACAGCAGACAAUUCUGCACAACCCCCCAGCAAUAGACAAAAUAGAAAGCCGGAAACCCCCCAAGACAUUUGCAUUUGAUCAUUGUUUCUUUUCAUUAAAUCCAAAUGAUGAGAACUUUGCUUCACAAGAGACUGUUUUCGAUUGUGUCGGUCGUGAUAUAUUGGAUAAUGCGUUUCAAGGUUAUAAUGCUUGCAUAUUUGCCUAUGGACAAACCGGUUCGGGUAAAUCAUAUACCAUGAUGGGCUCUCAGGAAUAUAAGGGUAUCAUUCCGCGUUUGUGUGAUAACUUAUUUUCGGCCAUUUCAAAUAAAUCCACUCAAGAGCUUAUGUACAAAGUGGAAGUCUCAUAUAUGGAAAUAUACAAUGAAAAAGUCCAUGAUCUCUUAGAUCCUAAGCCAAAUAAACAAUCGCUAAAGGUGCGUGAACACAAUGUAUUGGGUCCCUAUGUGGACGGUUUGUCUCAGCUGGCAGUGGCAUCAUAUCAAGAUAUUGAUAAUCUUAUGACUGAGGGAAAUAAGUCACGUACUGUUGCUGCUACAAACAUGAAUGCCGAAUCAUCUAGAUCUCAUGCUGUAUUCUCAGUAGUAUUAACCCAGAUUUUAACUGAUCAGGCCUCUGGAGUGACGGGCGAAAAGGUGUCACGCAUGUCUUUAGUGGAUUUAGCUGGUUCUGAAAGAGCUGUUAAAACCGGUGCUGUAGGUGAUCGUUUGAAAGAAGGUUCAAAUAUUAACAAGUCGCUUACAACUUUGGGUUUGGUUAUCUCAAAAUUGGCUGAUCAAUCGAAUGGUAAAAAGAGUGGAGGUGAUAAAUUUGUUCCAUAUCGUGAUUCUGUGUUAACGUGGCUUUUGAAAGACAACUUGGGUGGUAAUUCUCGCACAGUCAUGGUGGCCACAAUUUCACCAUCGGCUGAUAAUUAUGAAGAAACCUUGUCUACUUUACGUUAUGCCGAUCGUGCUAAACGUAUUGUCAAUCAUGCUGUGGUCAAUGAGGAUCCUAAUGCCCGCAUCAUUCGUGAACUUCGUCAUGAAGUGGAGACUCUCAGAAACAUGCUUAAACAUGCCACUGGUUCGCCAGUCGGCGAUAUCAACGACAAACUGGCUGAAAGUGAAAAUCUAAUGAAACAAAUCUCUCAAACUUGGGAGGAGAAAUUGGUAAAAACUGAACGCAUACAAAAUGAGCGGCAACAGGCUUUAGAAAAGAUGGGCAUUAGUGUCCAAGCUAGUGGAAUUAUGGUGGAGAAAAACAAAUACUAUUUAGUCAAUUUAAAUGCCGAUCCGUCCCUUAACGAGUUGUUAGUUUACUAUCUUAAAGAACGUACUUUAAUCGGUGGCCAUACCAUAAGUGGUCCUCAACCAGAUAUUCAACUGUCGGGUUUAGGUAUUCAGCCCGAACAUUGUGUCAUCACCAUUGAAGAUGGUGGUCUCUUUUUGGAACCAUUUACCGGAGCCCGCUGUUUUGUCAAUGGCUAUGCGGCUGCAGAGAAAACACCCAUCGCUAAUGGUGAUCGUAUCUUAUGGGGUAAUCAUCACUUUUUCCGUGUAAAUUGUCCCAAAUCGGCCAAUGCCAAUAUGAACUCUGAACCACAGACGCCAGCACAGUUGAUCGAUUACAAUUUUGCCAGAGAUGAAAUAAUGCAAAAUGAAUUAAGCAACGAUCCUAUACAAACUGCUAUUGCGCGACUGGAACGUCAACACGAGGAAGACAAGCAAGUGGCAUUGGAAAAACAGAGACAAGAAUAUGAACGACAAUUUCAACAAUUACGCAAUAUUUUAUCGCCCAGCACUCCCUAUGCUCCCUAUACACCCUAUGAUCCCUUGCGUUUAGGGAAAAUUACUCCCAAUACACCCACCUCGCAAAUGCGUGUAGAAAAAUGGGCUCAAGAACGCGAUGAGAUGUUUAAACGCUCUCUGGGUCAAUUGAAAAAUGAUAUAAUGCGGGCUAAUGCUUUAGUUCAAGAAGCCAAUUUUCUUGCCGAGGAAAUGGAAAAGAAAACUAAAUUCUCUGUUACUCUACAAAUUCCUCCAGCUAAUUUGAGUCCCAAUAGAAGGCGUGGAGCUUUUGUAAGUGAACCUGCCAUUUUGGUGAAACGUUUAAAUUCGGGUAGUCAGAUUUGGAGUAUGGAAAAGUUGGAAAAUAAACUAAUUGAUAUGAGAGAAAUGUAUCAAGAGCAUAAAGAACGCGUCUUAAAUGGUUUGCCUCUCAUUGAGACCUUCUCAGAUGAGGAAGAUUCAGACGAGGAAAAUGAAAACUCUAAGACUUUAGACCCCUUCUAUGAGUCACAAGAGAAUCAUAAUUUAAUUGGUGUUGCAAACAUUUUCUUGGAAGUGUUGUUCCAUGAUGUUAAAUUGGAUUAUCAUACACCCAUUAUAAGUCAACAAGGUGAAGUUGCUGGACGACUUCAGGUCGAAAUUCAACGUAUUGCCGGUCAAAUGCCCCAAGAUCGUAUGUGUGAAUCGAUAUCGGAAUCCUCCUCCGACUCUCGUGAUGAUUAUGAAGAUGCUCCCGACCCCAUGGCCAAUCAAGUAACAUGUCGUGUCACCAUCAAGUGUGCCUCAGGCUUGCCACUGUCGCUAUCGAAUUUUGUUUUUUGCCAAUAUACUUUUUGGGGACAUCAGGAAACCGUUGUACCCGUCAUUAAUGCCGAAACUACGCCAAGAGAUCAGAACAUGAUCUUUAAAUUUGAACACACCAAGGAUUUUACGGUAACUAUAAAUGAAGAAUUCUUGGAACAUUGCAUAGAAGGAGCUCUCUCGAUUGAGGUCUGGGGCCAUCGUAGUGCUGGUUUCUCCAGGUCCAAGGGUUGGGAGGUGGAACAACAACAAGCUAAGGCGCGAUCGUUGGUGGAUCGCUGGGCUGAGUUGUCACGUAAAAUUGAGUUGUGGGUGGAAAUUCACGAACUAAAUGAUAACGGUGAAUAUGCACCGGUAGAAGUUUCAAAUCCCUCGGAGGUAUUAACCGGAGGUAUAUAUCAAUUGCGUCAGGGUCAACAACGUCGUGUGCAUGUGCGUGUCAAGCCCGUACAAAAUUCCGGCACUUUGCCUAUAAUUUGCCAGUCAAUAGUCAAUAUUGCUAUUGGCAGUGUCACCGUGCGCUCACGUCUACAAAGAGCUCUCGAUUCGUAUCAAGAAGAGGAUCUUACCAUAUUAAGAGAAAAGUGGAGUGAGGCUUUAGGAAGAAGACGCCAGUAUUUAGAUCAGCAAAUACAAAAGCUGAUCAAGAAGGAGGAGAAAACGGAAGAAGAACGUGAGCGGGAAUUGAGUUUAGUACAUCAGUGGGUGUCAUUGACCGAAGAACGUAAUGCGGUAUUAGUACCAGCACCUGGUUCAGGUAUACCUGGAGCUCCGGCCUCCUGGAAUCCACCAUCUGGCAUGGAACCUCAUGUACCGGUUUUAUUCCUUAACCUAAACGCCGAUGAUCUCUCAGCUCAAAAUACUAACGAUGAAUUUUCUAUUGCUGGUAUAAAUUCCAUACUCUCCAAAGAACAUGGUCACAAAUUCUAUACAUUACAAAUCUUACAACACUUGGAUAAAGAUGUAUGUGCAAUAUCCAGUUGGGACUCUUCGAUGCACGAUAGUCCUGCCUUGAAUCGUGUGACCGAGGCAAAUGAACGUGUCUAUUUGAUUUUGCGCACCACAGUGCGUUUAUCGCAUCCAGCACCCAUGGAUUUGGUAUUGCGCAAACGUCUGUGCAUUAACAUUAAAAAGGGUCCAAGCAUAACAGAUCGUUUGAAAAAAUUCCGUUUGGUUAGGACUGAAAAUACUAUUGCCUGCACUGGCGUUACCUAUGAGGUUGUAUCGAAUAUACCCAAAGCUUCCGAAGAAUUAGAGGAUCGUGAAUCUUUGGCACAAUUGGCGGCCAGUGGGGAUGAUUGUUCUGCGAGUGAUGGUGAAACCUAUAUAGAAAAAUAUACACGUGGUGUCUCGGCCGUUGAAAGUAUAUUAACGUUGGAUCGUUUAAGGCAAAAUGUAGCCGUCAAAGAACUCGAAACUGCCCAUGGUCAACCGUUAACUAUGCGCAAAACUUGCAGUGUACCAAACUUCUCCCAGAUUAUGCGAUUUGAUGCUUCUAUGGAAUCUUUGUUAAAUGUGGGACGGUCUGAAUCGUUUGUGGAUUUGAAUCAAUCAUUAGGUUCGAAAUUCUUACCACAACCAGCACAAACUACACCAGGAGGCAUGAGAGAUUUUGGUACACGUUCACGUCAUAGCUUUGGCGGUAAAGGUAGUAAUGAUGAUUCUCCAGGAAAAGCAUUUGGCAUUGCAUCACCAGCUACGAGUAAAUUGAUGGGUAUGCGUAUGACUACGUUACACGAAGAGCCAUUGGGAGGACACCGCUCUUUGGCUGAAGAACCUGAGGAUAGUUACAGUGAUUCGGAAUAUGCCAACGAAUAUGAACAUGAAAAGAAUCAACGCAAUAAUUAUCAAACACCACGAUCACGUCUUACCUCCUCCAAAACUAUGGAUUCAUUUAUGGAUGUUAGCACACACUCGAAUCACAGCUAUUUGAGUUACACAUCCAAUGUUAAUACAAAUUUAAAACAUUUGACGGGCUUAGCCACACCCAGCAUGAGUUCAUCAACUUCGAGUGGUUAUGGAUCUCAAGCUGUUUCCUGCACCAAUUUAACUAAUGAUGAUAUUGCCUCAAUGCGUUCUAUGAGCAUUGAUGAAACUCCAGACUUUGAUCGCAUUAAUUCGAAUUCCCCACCAAAUCGUCAAACACAUCGAGUAAAUCCAUUCCUUAAAGAUAUGCCAAAGCCUUCGAUUAACCACAAACACAUGGAAACAGUACCCACAAAUGCCGAACUUCAACAACCAAAGUCACAAAAUCAAAAUGAUUUAACAACAACAACAACUCAGCUGCCAACAGAAAUUAUCAAUGCUCCCCUAACAAUCGAAACCGAACAAGACCAACAACUUGUAAUUGAAAAUAUCAGCAACAGUGAGGAGGAGCAGACACAGCAUUUGAACAAUGAUCUCAACAAUGAAAGCCAAACUAGCAAUACUACCAACACCACCACAGCAACACAACCACAUGAUAAACGUGAUCAAGAUCAAACGGUGAAAAACCUUAAUAACAACCAAACAAAUUCCAACAACAAUGACACCAGCUCAAAUACCGACAAUCAAAAUGGCAACGAAAUUAUUGAAGAGGGUACUGGUAUAGUUAGGACACCUCUGCCAGCUGGUAAAGUUGUGAGAAGAAAAAAGACUCCACCUCAGGGUAGUAAUGGCAAUGGUAAUGAUUUGAUGACAUCCAGUGUUACAAAUACAACGACCAUGAAUAACAAUAACAAUCGUUCAAAUGCAAUGCAUCGUGCUUCGUUGGCAAAAAUGGAGGGUCUAAUGACAAACUCAAAUGAUCAUCUGAAUGUAUCAUCUAUGUCGACUAGCAUGGAAAUUGAGGAUGACAAACACAUUGAUGUGACUUUACCUGACUGGGUUGUGGUUGGUGAAUCAGUUUUAAUUAGACCCUAUAAUACCAGCGGAGUUAUAAGUUACGUCGGCACCACACACUUCCAAAAGGGUACAUGGAUUGGUGUUGAACUUGACACACCUACGGGUAAAAAUGAUGGCAGUGUUCAAGGCAUUCAAUAUUUUCAAUGUAAACCCAAACAUGGUAUGUUUGUAAGAUUUGAUAAGUUAAUAUUGGACAAACGGGGCAAAGCUAUGAGAGCCUACAAAGCAGAAAAAUCAAGUAAAGAAACCGCUAUGCCACGUUCCAAAAGUCGCGGUGAAUCUUUGAGCACUUUGAGUGGCUCUGGUGGGCGUAAAUGAUUAUUUCCGAAAUGUUCGCAUCAAAUGCAACGUUGGGCUAAUUGUAGGCAAUCCACAUUAGUUACGGCCACCAUUAAUAGAACUAGCAACACCACCAUCAAUCACACAAAUACAACAAAUGGAAUACCAGUGCCAAAUCAAAAGAUUUACCCGAAAAAUGAGACAACAACAGCCACAGUAACUGAUAACAAUAUGUUCAAUAAACGCACAUGUUCUAUAAUGCGCCUAACAUCAGGACGCAAUCAAUGUAAUACACCAACCAUAAACACCGAUGCGAAUACGAUGAAUACGAAAAAAUAUAACAGACGCUCUACGGCAUUUUAACUCACCAAAUAGAGUUUAUGAACGUCAUUCUAAAUUCUUUAACAACAAAAAAUGCCGCUAGAUGCUGUUUACACAACUCAACAUUACAUACAUAUGUACCACUACUACAUAAUUAAAUAUAAUAAAACAAAACACCAACAAACACAAAACAUAAACAUUUAAAAUGUUACAAAAAAAAUAAUAAUGAAGAAAAAUUACAAAAAUCAACUUUAAAUUUUAAAGAUUUGUGUUUUUGCUUUUAACAAACUAAACUUAAAUUAAAAAAAAAAAAAUCGAUUAAAAACAAGAAAAAUUUCUUCCUUUCCUUAAGUUAUUAUUACAUUUAAUCAAUCAGUGUAAUAUUCAAUAUUAUUAUAAUUAUGUGUGUGUAUAUGUAUGUGUUAUAGGCAUAUAUGUAUUUAUAUAUAAAUAUUAUAAUUAGAUUAUUUAUUAUAAAUUAGCUAAGAAGACAACAUACCCUCUUCAUUAUCAUUAAAUUUGUAUGCUUUUUAUUACGAAUGAAACUUUUCUAAAAUAGUGCGAUACGUUCUACUAUAAACAUGUUAAAUGUAAUAAUGGAGCCAUGCUAAAACUUUUUAAAUAUCUAAUAAAUCAGUUUCGAAAUUAUAAUAUGAAAUUUUCAAACAUUAUGUUUAAAAACUCUAUAAAAUAAGAUCUUUUACGGCAUUACCAAACAGAAAUCAAUUUAUAGGCAAUUUCUCAUAUUAAAAAAACAAGUAAAACUAUUUUUCAAACACAAAUGUUGGUAUUUAUAAAACAAUAUUUUACAUACAUUAAUUAGUAGCGCUUUUGAAAACUUGAUGAUUGGCCAGAACAUUUAAAAAGUUUGAAAGUUUAUGUAAGAUACCAUUUCUCAGCAAAGAAUAAAAAUUCAAUUUUUAAUAUUCCACAGAAACAAUACUUAAUUAAUAUUGAUAUUAUAUUAAAGAAGUUUGAAAAAACAUUAACAGAUUUUUAUACUUUUAUCCAGCUCACCAAUGUAGGUCUGAAAUAAGUUUGUUUUUGCCAAACCUUCAAUCCUUUUUUUGUUUUCUCAAAAAAUUUUAUACAUUUGUGACCAAUACGUUUUUCAUAACCGCGAUAUGAUUAAAAUUACGUCAGAUAAAUGAAAACUUUUUGUAAAUAUAUGUUAAUUCAAUAUUUCAUGUUGAAUAUUUUCAGCGCGUUUCCUCAAGAACUAAAUACAUUCCCAUUACAUUGAAAUUUUAACUUCAAUGUGGUCAAAUUAGUACUACUAACUUACGAAAUUGUACAAAAAAUUACAAAAUUUUUCUAUAGUCCCAAAUUAGUAUGAGUUUCCUAAUUGUUCCUAAUUUCAACAUUAAUUUCUUCAAAAUUAUGCCUGAUUUAUCCUGUGAAAUGUCUGGCUAACAAAACAUUAUUUUAUGUUUUAAACCAAAAAUUAAAUAAUUGUAAAAAAAUGAUCAUGAACUUUAAUCAAUUUUAUUUUUCAAAGUUCAUGAGCCAAUAUUGGUGUUUUUCUAAUUAAUAUGUAUGUAUGUAAGAAGAUUAAAACGAAUGAUUGAAAAGUUUUAGCUUGAUUUCCUAAAAUAUAUAUAACUAGAAAAGGAAAGCUCUCAUUAGUUCGUAUCGCCACAUUAUGAAUGAAAUGAAAAGAGAAUGUUUUUAGGAGUUUAGUUCGGUAGACAAUUGUUUAGGUAUUGGAACAUUUUCGGUUAAGUUUAAUAUAUUUUUUUUUAGCAAAAUUUUGUAAACUUUUUGUUCAUACUUUUUUAGCAUUUAAAGUGUUUUAUCAAAAUGUGCAUUAGCCUUUUAUUUAAAAAAUUUAUUAUAAUUUGCUUUUAUUUAAAAAGAUAAAUACAUAUAUAUAUAUACCUAUGUAUUAAAUUUUUAAGUUUACAUACAUUCAUGUGAUGCUUUACAUAUUUUUUUAUUACUCCUACUAUUAUUAUUAUUUUAUGAGUGUUAAAAACAACUACUAUUCCAUUUAUAAUUUCAAAUUAAAAUAAAAACACAAUUCUAUUAAUUUAAAAUUUUAUUUAAGCAACGAAUGAAUAGCCAAGCAAGAAGUAUUUCAACUUGUAAAUGUUUAUACAUAUAUAAAUAAAUAUUAUUGAUAAUAUUUUAAACGAAAAAAAAAUAAUAGUAAAUAUGAAAACAAACGCGUUAUAAUUUUGUAAAACAAAUAUUAUUUUUAAUUUUUUCUUAAAUUUCCUCCUCAACAAGUGUAGUAUUUUUUAUAAUUUUUAUUUACCCGAAUGUUUAUAAAUCCUAUAUUUUAUAUUAAACACAUACAAUAUAUUUUACAAUUAAUUAAUAAAUAAUUCAAAUAUUAUAUUUGUAUACUUUUUAUGUGAUGUAUUUAUAAAAACCGAAAAAAACAAACGUUAUUUUGAAAAACAAAAACCAUUUUAAAUAUCGUCAUGCAAUAAUUAUAAUAAUGUAAUUACAACAAUCUUAAUAAAAAUCGAAAAUUUUAUUUUUCAAGUGCAA